UUCAAGGAGGAGCGAGGGAGGGAGGCAGGACUGGGGCUGAACUCACACAAAGGCACCAGAGUUACCAGCAAGAGACACACAAGGAGAGUGAGAGCAAAGGCAAGGAAUUGGGGUGCAAGGAAUUGGGGUGCAAGGAAUUGGGGUGCAAGGAAUUGGGGUGUAAGGAAUUGGGGUGUAAGGAAUUGGGGUGCAAGAGAUGCCCAGCGUAUUUGGCACCAUGUGUGGGGGCAGAAAGAAGAAGAAGAAGUACAAGCCAGAACCCGAAGUUUUGGAGCAAGAAGUGCUGCCCGUCAAGAGCCAAGGACUCAAAACCUUCAAAAAAAUGGGUCUGUCAGGUGACGAUGAUGUGAACGCCAUGCUUCAGGGUUCCAACCUGCGGAAGAUCAGGGCCGGAUGGCACGCAGCCCGAUUAUACCGACUGGAGUCUGAUGGCAUGACUGUCUGGUACCAGAGCCAAGCUAAGAGGGUUCGCUCCAAACAGAUCUUCUCCAUCCUGCACAUUGAAUCUGUACGGGAAGGCCACCAGUCUGAGGGGCUGCAGAAAUAUGGCCGCCGCUUUCCAGAGACAUGCUGCUUCACCAUUGCCUUCAAGGGAAGGAGAAAAAACUUGGACCUUGCGGCAUUUUCCGAGAAGGAGGCACGGAACUGGGUGCAGGGUUUACAGAAACUCAUGAAGCGAGCCGAGGCAAUGAGCCAGAGGGAGAAAUUGGUUCACUGGAUAUGGGAUUAUCUGCGCCAAGCUGACAGAGAUGGAGAUGAGAAGAUGAAUUUCCAAGAGGUGAAGGACAUGCUGAAGAUGAUAAACAUUGACUUGAAUGAUAUCUAUGCUUACAACCUGUUCAAGACCUGUGACCGAUCCAACUCAGACACGCUAGAGGACCACGAGAUAGAGGAGUUCUGCACUAAGCUCAUGCACCGCCCUGAAGUGGAGGAAUUAUUCCAUCAUUACUCAGGAGAGGACCGGAUACUGUCGGCCGAGGAACUGCAGGAAUUCCUGCAAGCGCAGGGGGAAGACGCCACACCAGAGAGGGCAAGAGAGAUUAUCCACAAAUAUGAGCUCAAUGAGACAGCCAAGCAGCAUGACCUGAUGAUGAUGGAAGGAUUCAUGAUGUACCUGCUGUCAGAUGAUGGAGAUAUCUUUAAUCAGAAGCACAGGACGGUGUACCAGGACAUGACCCAACCACUGUGCCACUACUUCAUCUCCAGCUCCCACAAUACGUACCUGACCAACCACCAGCUAGUGGGAGAGAGCAGCACAGAGUCUUACAUCAGAGUAUUCAUGGAAGGCUGCCGUUGUGUGGAACUGGACUGCUGGGAAGGUCCGUCGGGAGAACCGGUCAUUUACCACGGACACACACUGACCUCUAAGAUCCUCUUCAAGGAUGUGGUGGCCACCAUAAGAGACUAUGCUUUUAAAAAUUCCCCGUAUCCUGUAAUUCUGUCCUUGGAGAAUCACUGUGGCUUGGAGCAACAAGUGAUAAUGGCGAAUCACCUCCGUGAGAUCUUGGGAGACAUGCUUGUGACUGAGCCUCUACCGGGUGCAGAUACAACUCAGCUUCCUUCUCCAGAGGCGUUAAUGGGCAAGUUUUUACUCAAGGGGAAGAAAUUAAGUAGUCGCAAGUUUUCAGAUGAAGAAGAAGGAAAAUCCAGAAUGGAUAUAGCCAAGGAACUGUCAGACCUUGUGGUAUACUGUCAGGCGGUGGAGUAUCGGGGACAACCAGGAAACAUGUGUGAGAUGAGUUCCUUCAGUGAGGACAAAGUGCGCAGACUGAUCAAGGACUCAGGAAUCAAUCUAGUGCGCUAUAAUGCCCGGCAACUGAGUCGUGUCUACCCAGAUGGUCUGCGGGCCAACUCUUCUAAUUACAGUCCCCAAGAGAUGUGGAAUGCCGGCUGCCAACUCGUGGCUCUGAAUUUCCAAACUCCGGGUUACACGAUGGAUCUAAACCGGGGUCGAUUCCAGGACAACGGACUCUGUGGGUAUGUCCUAAAGCCUGAAUUCCUGAGGAAAGAGGACAGUUACUUUAACCCAGAUGCUCCGAGCAAUGAGGCAAAGCUCCUGUUUGUCAAGGUAAUUUCAGCUCAGCAGCUGCCCAAACUCAACAAGGAGAAGCCAAACUCCAUCGUCGAUCCAUUUGUACGUGUGGAAAUUCACGGAGUGGGGAAAAAGAGAGAGAAGGAAACAAAAUACAUCCUCAAUAACGGGUUUAACCCUUAUUGGAAUGAGAUGCUUCAACUAGAAGUUCCAGUUCCAGAGUUGGCUCUUGUGAGGUUUGUAGUGGAAGAUUACGACAAAACGUCAAGCAAUGAUUUCAUUGGGCAGGAAACAUUGCCUUUCCUCAGCCUGAAGCAAGGAUACCGACAUGUUCACCUGUUCUCCGAGGAUGGAGCCUCGCUGUCCCCUGCUACAUUGUUUGUGCAAAUCCGUAUUGAGAACCUGUGAAGCAAAUAGUAAGAAAAGUGGAGGAGACCUCAGGCCUCUCUCUGUUUCUUCAAUCGGCUGCCAGUGCCAUGAGUAAUGAGUGUUACCAACGCUGUGCCUUGUUUGUGGCCAUAAAGAUCCCAAAAGAAAGAUGGAGGAUGAAGAGGAAGGAGCAGCAGCACUUAGAUUUCUUCAUUUAGAGGAAAAAGGAUAUUUCAGUAUCAGUGGGAGGACAAUUGACUAUGUACUACGGCACUCAGUGCCCACUUCUUGUAUGGUGUGCCGUAAAGUUAUGUGCCAUAGUAGUUACUGUAUGUGCCAUAGUUACGUGCCAUAGUUACGUGCCAUAGUUAUGUGCCGUAAAGUUAUGUGCCAUAGUUACGUGCCAUAGUUAUGUGCCGUAAAGUUAUGUGCCAUAGUUAUGUGCCGUAAAGUUAUGUGCCAUAGUAGUUACUGUAUGUGCCAUAGUUAUGUGCCAUAGUAGUUACUGUAUGUGCCAUAGUUACGUGCCAUAGUUAUGUGCCAUAGUAGUUACUGUAUGUGCCAUAGUUACGUGCCAUAGUUAUGUGCCAUAGUAGUUACUGUAUGUGCCAUAGUUACGUGCCAUAGUUAUGUGCCAUAGUAGUUACUGUAUGUGCCAUAGUUACGUGCCAUAGUUAUGUGCCAUAGUAGUUACUGUAUGUGCCAUAGUUACGUGCCAUAGUUAUGUGCCAUACUUAUGUGCCAUAGUAGUUACUGUAUGUGCCAUAGUUACGUGCCAUAGUUAUGUGCCGUAAAGUUAUGUGCCAUAGUUAUGUGCCGUAAAGUUAUGUGCCAUAGUAGUUACUGUAUGUGCCAUAAAGUUAUGUGCCACUCAUUCCCUGUUACACGAUAACUUGGCACUUUAUACACAAGCAUUCCCAACCGGCUCCUGGUCUGAACGAAGUCUGAACAAGUCCGGCUUUAAAGGCAAAGUUUCCCCAGAUACAUAUAAAAUACAUCUUAAAGGAUAAGUAAACCUUUAAAACAAGUGAAUGCAAAAUUGAUGAGGGGGCUACUCUAAGCACUUUUGUCA